AUGUUCCCAUUCGUCGAGAAGGUCGUCGAGAUGGAGCGCAUGCGCGCGCAGCAGCGCCAACGGUUUCGCUCGCAGCACUACUUCUCACCUGAUGGUUUCGAGGCCGAAGGUCUGGUGGACACAGACGAUGGACGCAGGCGCAAAACCCCUGCUAUGCGGUCCCAGAAGCUUCAGCCUACGCAUGCACUCAAGCUCGACGUGGACGACUGCUGGUCUUUGUCGGCUUUGGGUUUGUUCCCCGGGUACAACGCCUUUGACUUUAGAUCUUCGCCGGAAGCCUUCGGCGACGACGCGUGCAGUGCAGUGUACAACGACUCGCAGCGCAUGACUGACGUGGCUAACCAAGUGGCAUCUAUGGGAUUCCACUGCACCAGUCUGUGGUAG